AUGUGUGGUAACAGCAAAAAAGAACCCUAUGAAACUUGUGAUGAUGGCAACACAGUUAGUCUAGAUGGGUGUAGCAACAUAUGUUAAAUAGAACCCUCAUGGACAUGUAAUGGUGGGAAUCCGGAUAUUUGCAAUAAUUGUGGAGAUGGAAAAAAACAAUAAAUCGAGGAUUGUGAUGAUGGUAAUCUUAGUUCCAAUGAUGGAUGUACAAGUUGUAAAGUUGAUCAGUAUUAUGAAUGUUCUGGAGGUUCACCUACAUCACCUGACACUUGUGUGAAAACUUGCCCAAAUGGUAUAGUUUCAGGAAGUGAGGAAUGCGAUGAUGGGAAUAAUGCAAGUGGCGAUGGGUGUUAUUUGUGUAUUAUUGCCAUGGGAUUUGUAUGUGAUAAUUCAGUUUAACCCUCAGUGUGUGGUGUUGAUGUUUGUGGAAAUGGAAAGUCUCAUUCAUUAAAUGAGGAUUGUGAUGAUGGUAAUACAGUGGAUGGAGAUGGAUGUAGUGCUAGUUGUAAAAUUGAAACUGGCUGGGAUUGUUCAACCAAAAUCAAGUGUGCACCUAUAUGUGGAGACAAUAAAAAGGUGGUUGAUGUUGAAGAAUGUGAUGAUGGUAAUCUAAUAGAUGGAGAUGGGUGUAGUAGUAAUUGCAAGGUUGAAUUAUCGUACUCUUGUGAGGGAGGUGAUUUAACCAAGAAGGAUAUAUGUAUAGUUACUUGUGGAAAUAAUGUUAGAGAUGCCAAAGAGGAGUGUGAUGAUGGUAAUGUUAGAAAUGGAGAUGGAUGUAGUAGUCUCUGUUUGAUUGAGACAUCAUUUGGUUGUUCAUAAGUUUUGAUGUAAGAUAAUGUGACCAGAGAUGAAUGUUAUCCCUGUAUCACAAAUUGUGCCAUCUGUACAGACACAGACAUAGAGGGCUGUGAAUUAUGUUACCAUGGAUAUUACAAGUCUGAGAAGACUUGUACAGAUGAUUGUGGAGAUAAUUACUAUGCAGAUCCAUUUCUAUAGGCCUGUCUAAAAUGUGGAGAAAAUUGUGUCAGAUGCUAUAACAAUGCUCAAUGUUUUAGAUGCAAUUCUCCAUAUAUUUUGGAUGGAACCCAAUGUGUGUUGAAAUGUUCAGAUGGAUAUUACAUUAAGGAACAUGAAUUGAAAGGAUAGUGGUGCAAGAAAUGUCCACUUCAUUGUACUGUCUGUAAGACAGAAACAUAAUGUACAAGUUGCGAUGAUUAUUAUUCUCCUUUUGGUUCUUGCAAGUUCUGUGAUAUGGGGGAGUUGUGUUUAGCAUGUAAUUUUGAACUAAAUACAUGUACCAAGUGCCAAUAAGGCUAUAGACCUUUAGAAGAUAAAUGCAUUAAGAUUGAAGAUAAGUGCGGAGAUGGUUUGGUAUCACUUAAUGAAAAGUGUGAUGAUGGUAAUCUUGCUAAUGAUGAUGGUUGUAGCAGAGAAUGUGCAAUAGAAGAGGAUGCCAAUUGUAGACUUGUGCAGAAUGAAGGACCAUCAGAAUGUUUUGAUACUUUAGGGUGGGAAUUCGAAUUAAAAUCAUUUAUCUUGGAUCCACAACUCAUACAACUCACAUUCACAAAUCAAAUCAAAUAUGAUGAUGUUAUUACUAAGAAUAUUAGCACUCUGUUCACUUUGUCCAUCAAUGGAUUCACAGAAAAAGAUUAUUCUUAUGAAUUCGUUAAUAGUAGUGGUUCCAAUCAAACAAUCCAAAUUCAAUUUACAUUCUUGAAAAAUGUAGUAUCCCAAACUCUUACUGUCACUUUGAAAGAUCAAAAAAAACUUACCAAUUAUUAUGAUGUACCCAUCAAUCCUGAUAAAAUCACCAAAAGUAUAGAUUUGGAAGAUAAGGAAUUCUACAAUUCUGCAGAAAUCGAAUUCUUUACUCUUCUUAGAAACCUAGCCUAUGGUUUACAAAUAUUGAAUUGGAUAUUAAUGAUUGGAGCUGGAUUUUUGGACUAAUAAUAUCGAAUCUGGAAAACUAUAGAAGUACUUCAAGUUAUAUGCACCUUAUAUUAUAUCAAUUUGAGAUCUUAUCCUCUCAAUUCCGAAAUGUUACUUGUAGAUUUAAGAUACAGUAAUUUAUACAUACUACCCAAUUUCCUAUAAUAGUAAACUGAUUAAUAUUUGCAAUCCUUGAGGAGGUUCUCAAUGGCUGGUUUAACCUAUUAAGUUAUCAAUAACACGGGAGGCUUAUUCUUGUUUUAUCUUGGAGUUUCUUUGGCUGUUUAUGCAUUCACUAAACUAGUUUAUCAUAAAUAUGUCUUCUAUGUUUUUGAAGUCUUUUUGGAUAAACUAGAAUUUAGUUAUUUUAUCAAAUUUUAUGAAGUGUUCUUAUUAGAACUUUUAAUUAGCUGUUUGCAUAAUGUCAGACACAAUUCUAUGGCUUCGAAUUGGAAUGGUACAAAUACAGUGAUAGCCUUAAUCUUAUUACUAUUCAUACUUUUAGUUUAAGCCUCAUUUUUCUUAUUGGCAUUCUUUAGGGAUUAUUUUGGCACAGAAGCAGAAGUCAAGUCUAUGUUUGGUACUUUGACUGAUGGUUGCCAUGAUCACGAUCGCAAACGUCGUGUUUUUAUGAGUCAACAAGAUUUCAUCAAGAAGGUAUUCAUUGCUUAUGCUAUGGUCUAUGUUGAUGAUCCAUUCCAAUAGAUAUUACUCAUCAUCAUCCCCAGAGCUGUUAUAGGUUUUGCAACAUGUUUCCUAAUGAAAAAUUGGUUUUUGAGAGUUAAGGAGGUACUUUCAGAACUGAUUCUUUAUGGCAUCAUCAGUCAAUCCUAUAUUUUAGCAUUAGGUGAUUUUGUAGGGGAUUUAGAGAAAAAAGUAUUCUAUGGGUCAUUGUGGGUGUACUUGGUAUUGGCAUUCGAAUUAGUUCAUGGAUUAUGCAAUACAUAUUUGGUGUGGAGAUUGUUGUAUGUAUUGGAAUCCACUUUACCUGAAGAUGUUAAUCCCAAUGCUGGAAUCAAUACAAAGAUUGACUUAUUCAAAGAGAGAGGAGGAAAAAAAGAGAGGGGCAAAACCUAGAGGGAACUUUAAGAGGAAGCUGAUAGAUUAGCAAAGUUGGAGGAAGCGAAAAGAAAGAAGAAGUUAGAAGCAGAAUAGGCAUUGAAGAAUCAGGGUAGAGAAAAAUGGAAUGUAUGGAAUAUGUAAAGGGAAGCUAAACCUGAGGAAAGAAAAUUUGUGUCUGUCAAACAUACUGAAUAUGGCGACGUCUUAGAACCCAUUCAACCAUAAAUUCCAAAAUUAAAAUUAAUAUAAGAUGCAAAUAAUUUCGAUGACUUUGACUAAAUGGAUGAUUUCUUUGGAAAUCCAUCUAAAUCUGUUGUUAAUAAGUCUUCAGCAUUUGGUUAGACUGGAUAAUAAUUCUAAGUGCCAUCUUUGAAUCAGACAUAACAAAUGAAUUAAACAUAAUAAAUGAAUCAGACAUAGUAAAAAUAAAUGAAUCAAACUAUCAAUCAAUCAAGUAAUUAGAUUUUAAAUCAAACUUAAAAAUCUUAGAAUAUUGCCUAGUAAUGGUUGGGCAAUGAUAACUAAUAACCGCUAUUCCAAGAGUAAUCUUUCAAACCAGCUAGUGCUGCCCAAUAAUAAUAAAAGUCAUAGAUUAGUGCCUUUUAAUUCUAAUAAGAAGCUCCGAAAAAGAAGGAUGAUGCUAAUGAUUCAGAGGAAGAAUCAAUGAAUAAUGAUAAUCCAUUUGAUUUUUGA